AUGGGAGACCGCGCAGAUAAGGUGAACCAGAAUGUCGGCAGCGGGAAAGGAGCCGGCAGCUGGGCACAGAGCGUUGAAAAUCUGAGCUAUCAAACAGUUAUAUCCGGUGCCCGUCUCACGUCAGGAAUGUUUCACUCACCAAAUUACCUGGAGCAUGUUAUCCUGGGAGUGGGUGCUAAAGUGGGGGUUGAGGCUUACGAAAUGGAACUUCACGGGGGGGGGGGCAAGAUCACUGCCAUGUACCUUGUAUAG